AAGAGUUUGCAGUUAACCAGUUUGAAGCUAAUCUAUUUGUAAAUAUCAAUAGUGACGAGAGUUCACGUAAAUGGUUGUUUGAGUUUGAAGAAACUUCUAAAAUGAUAAUGCCUCAAUCUAAAGAUUAUCAA